CCCCACCCCUCCUUUGUUCCACCAAUGCUACGCUCACAGAUGUUUCCAACUUUACCUCAGUAGGGAAAUUCUGAGGAGUUCUGUUCCUUCUUCACUUUAGUCUGAACCAGCAAUCGCAAUUGCCUGUUCCAAAAACGGUGGGGUCAAAGGGGGUUUAAGUAACAGUGGUGUGUCGGCGAGGUUAGUCUGCAGCAGCAGGGAAAGCAUGGUGGCACCUGCAUGAGCCCGGCGGGGAAGCCUCGUUUCUCUCAUUCUCUUCCCUGAGAUGUCAACCACAGGAUGAAGCCUGCAGCAGGUCUCAGGAGAGAGAAUGUUCCAUGACUUUCACACCUUCAACCUCAAGCUGUUGAUCUGCUUGGAAGAUUGCUUGAGUGGUGAAAGGCUGUGAAUACCCUGCAUCUGAGAAAUCAGACCAGACUGACUCACAGGGCUCUGUGAGCCAGUGCCACCGAGGCUGCCAAAGCAUGCUGGUGCCAAGCUGUCCCACCAUGCACAGAACCAGACCCACGCUGCUGCUGCUGCCGCCACUGCUGCUGCCUCUGCUGCUGAUCCAGGGUCUGCUCCUCCACCUCGCCGACGCUCAAACACCGCCAAAGUUUUUAAGAACCCCCAAUGACCAAACAGGCGUGCAGGGAGGCGUGGCGUCCUUCAUCUGCCAAGCUACCGGAGACCCACGGCCGAAGAUUGUGUGGAAUAAGAAGGGGAAAAAAGUCAGCAACCAGAGAUUUGAGGUAGUGAUAGAGUUCGAUGACGGCUCUGGCUCCGUCCUAAGAAUUCAGCCAUUACGCACGCCUCGAGAUGAAGCCAUUUACGAGUGCGUGGCCUCCAAUAGUGUUGGAGAGACGAGCGCCACCACCAGGCUGACUGUUUUACGUGAGGACCAACUUCCCCCUGGUUUCCCUACCAUAGACAUGGGCCCACAGUUAAAGGUGGUGGAGCGAACACGUACCGCCACCAUGCUCUGUGCCGCCAGUGGCAACCCCGACCCAGACAUAUCCUGGUUUAAAGACUUCCUCCCUGUAAACACCACCAACAACAACGGACGCAUUAAGCAGCUCAGAUCAGAAUCCUUUGGUGGUACGCCAAUAAGAGGAGCCCUGCAGAUAGAGCACAGCGAGGAACCGGACCAGGGGAAGUAUGAGUGCGUGGCAACUAACAAUGAUGGGACUCGCUAUUCCGCUCCAGCUAAUCUUUACGUCAGAGAGCUACGAGAAGUGCGGCGAGUCCCACCCCGAUUCUCCAUCCCACCGACAGACAAUGAGAUCAUGCCAGGGGGCAGCGUGAAUAUUACAUGUGUAGCUGUGGGCUCACCCAUGCCCUACGUCAAGUGGAUGCUGGGCGCUGAGGACCUCACCCCAGAGGACGACAUGCCCAUAGGACGGAACGUCUUAGAGCUUACCGAUGUGCGUCAGUCAGCUAAUUACACUUGUGUUGCUAUGUCAACACUUGGUGUGAUAGAGGCUGUUGCCCAGAUAACAGUUAAAGCACUACCCAAAGCUCCUGGCACUCCUGUUGUGACAGAGCGCACUGCCACCAGCAUCACACUGACUUGGGACUCUGGCAACCCUGAGCCAGUGUCCUAUUACAUAAUCCAGCACAAGUCCAAGUACUCAGAUGACCUGUACAAGGAGAUAGAUGGUGUGGCCACUACCCGGUACAGCGUGGGUGGCCUGAGCCCCUAUUCCGACUAUGAGUUCAGAGUGGUGGCUGUGAACAACAUUGGGCGAGGGCCACCAAGCGAGAGCAUCGAGGCCAAAACAGCAGAGCAGGCACCAAGUACUGCGCCAAGGCAGGUCCGAGGUCAUAUGAUGAGUGCCACUACUGCAGUCAUUCAGUGGGAUGAGCCUGAGGAGCCCAACGGCCAGAUCAUGGGUUAUAGGGUGUACUUCACCAUGGACUCCAACCAGCACGUUAACCUCUGGGAGAAACAGAUAGUUCGGGGUACUAACUUUGUCACUAUCCAGGGUCUAAUCCCGAAUAAGACCUACUACAUCAAAGUGUUGGCCUAUACCUCAGUGGGUGAUGGACCGCUGUCUCCUGAGCUGCAAAUCAUCGCCAAGACUGGAGUUCCCUCCCAGCCAACUGACUUCAAAGGAGAAGCCAAGUCAGAGACAAGUAUUUUGCUUUCAUGGAACGCUCCGGCACAGACGGGACUGGAAAACCAAGUGACCGGGUAUGAACUCAUCUACAAAAAGAAGGAUGACAAAGAAGAGAAGCUAAUAACUUUCGAGCCGACAACCACGUACCUACUGAAGGACUUGAAGCCCUUCACAACAUACACGUUCCGUCUGGCGGCCCGUAGUAAACAUGGAGUGGGAGCUUACACCAGUGACAUCUCUGCUGAAACUCCUCAGACACAACCCACUGGCCCCCCUCAGGACGUAAAGUGUCACAGCCCCAGCUCCACCAGUAUCCUGGUAAGUUGGCAGCCGCCGGCUGUGGAGCUACAAAACGGGAUCUUGACGCAGUACGCUAUCCACUACACUGCUACUGAAGGCGAGGAAACCACCACUCACAGAGUCUCUGGCAUCCCACCGGAAAGCUCCAAGUACCUUUUAGAGAACCUGGAAAAAUGGACUGAAUACCGCGUGACGGUCAUUGCCCACACGGAUGUCGGAGCUGGACCUGAGAGCUUGCCGCAGAUUAUCCGAACAGAGGAGGAUGUUCCUAGUGGGCCACCUCGUAAAGUUGAGGUGGAGGCUGUCAACUCUUCAUCAAUUAAAGUGAUUUGGCGCUCACCGGUGCCCACCAAGCAGCACGGUCAGAUCCGAGGAUACCAGGUGCACUAUGUCAGGAUGGUUAAUGGGGAGCCUACAGGACAGCCAGUCAUCAAGGACAUCCUGAUUGAUGAUGCCCAGUGGGAGUAUGAUGACACAACUGAACAUGAAAUGAUCAUCACAGACCUGCAGGCUGAAACCACAUACUCUGUAACAGUGGCAGCUUACACGACUAAGGGUGACGGUGCACGGAGCAAGCCCAAACUGAUCACCACCACUGGCGCAGUUCCUGAAAAACCUCGCCUUAUGGUCAGCACAACAAACAUGGGCACGGCUCUCCUCCAGUGGCACCCCCCGGCAAUAACCCAUGGGCCCCUGCAGGGCUACCGCCUUCGUUUUGGCCGCAAAGACGUGGACCCGCUGACUGUCAUUGAGUUCCCUGAGCGAGAGAACCACUACACCACCAAAGAGAUCCAUAAGGGAGCCUCGUACACUUUCCGCCUUUCAGCACGUAACAAGGUGGGCUUCGGCGAGGAGACAAUCAAAGAAGUCACCACAAAUGAAGAAGUACCGAGCGGCUACCCUCAGAACAUUAAAGCAGAGGGAGCCAGUACCUCCACGGUUCAGGUCAGCUGGCAGCCUGUUCUGCUGGCGGAGCGAAAUGGUCAGAUAGUGAAAUAUGCUCUGCAGUACAAAGACAUCAACAGCCCACGCAGCCCAUCAGAACUCUUCAUCACUGCCCCGGAAUCAACCGUCCUACUGGAUGGGCUCAGGGCAGACACUACUUAUGAUAUUAAAAUGUGUGCCUUCACCAGCAAGGGCUCUGGUCCCUAUAGCCCAAGUGUCCAAUUCAGAACACAACCUGUGGAUCAAGCAGUGUUUGCAAAAAACUUUCACGUGAGAGCUGCUAUGAAGACGUCGGUGUUGCUGACAUGGGAAAUCCCAGACACCUACAACGCUGCACAACCUUUCACUAUCCUCUACGAUAACGGACAAAGUGUGGAGGUGGAUGGAAAGUUAACACAGAAGCUUAUCACGGGUCUUCAGCCAGAGACGCAGUACUCCUUCCUGUUGACCAACCGUGGGAACAGCGCUGGAGGUCUUCAACAUCUUGUGUCCACCAUGACCGCCCCGGACGUCCUCCGUACCAAGCCUUACAUGAUUGGCAAAACAAAUUUAGAUGGAAUGGUGACUGUAGAGCUGCCCUCAGUCCAAACUUCAGAGAGAGUAAGGGGUUAUUAUAUUGUGGUUGUGCCUCUGAAGAAGCAACGCACAGGGAAGUUUUACAGUCCCUGGGACAGUCCUGAUGAAAUGAAUCUGGAGGAGCUGUUAAAGGAGAUAAACCGGACGAGCAGAGGCCUUCGCUUCCAGAGGCACGCCGAGCCCAAAGCCUAUAUCGCUGCACACUUCAAAGACCUGCCCAAAGAGUUCACCCUUGGAGAUGGCAAAAACUACGGGGACUUUGAAAACAAGCAACUCCAGAACGGCCAGGAAUACAUUUUCUUUGUUCUCGCUGUGCUGGAGAUGUCAGAAAACAUCAUGUAUGCCACCAGCCCUUACUCUGACCCAGUUGUUUCAGCAGACCUCAAUCCCCAGCCAAUCAUGGAUGAGGAAGAAGGCCUUAUCUGGGUGGUGGGGCCCGUCCUGGCAGUUGUCUUCAUCAUAUGCAUCGUCAUCGCCAUCCUUCUUUAUAAGAGCAAACCAGACAGAAAAAGAGCAGAAAGUGAAGCCAGAAAAGGCAGCCUUCCAAACAGCAAAGAAAUGCCUCUUCAUCAUCCUACCGAUCCCGUUGAGCUUCGACGUCUCAACUUCCAAACACCUGGUUCAGGUGCGCCCAGUCACCCCAGUAACCUCCAUUUGUCAAGUAUGGCAAACCACCCUCCAAUCCCCAUCAUGGAAUUAGCUGAUCAUAUAGAGCGCCUGAAAGCCAAUGACAACCUGAAGUUUUCGCAGGAAUAUGAGUCCAUCGACCCCGGUCAGCAGUUCACUUGGGAGCACUCCAACCUGGAGGUUAACAAACCAAAGAACAGAUACGCAAAUGUGAUUGCCUACGAUCAUUCCAGAGUCCUGCUCUCUGCUAUCGAUGGAGUCCCUGGAAGUGACUACAUCAAUGCCAACUACAUAGACGGGUACAGGAAGCAAAAUGCUUACAUUGCUACCCAGGGAGCUCUGCCGGAGACAUUUGGCGAGUUCUGGAGGAUGAUCUGGGAGCAGAGGAGCGCCAUUGUUGUCAUGAUGACCAAGCUAGAGGAAAGAUCCAGGGUAAAAUGUGAUCAGUACUGGCCCACAAGAGGGACGGAGACAUACGGUCUCAUCCAGAUAACGUUGCUGGACACAGUAGAAUUGGCCACAUACUGCGUCAGGACAUUCUCCCUUUUUAAGAAUGGCUCCAGUGAGAAGAGGGAGGUGAGGCAGUUCCAGUUCACUGCCUGGCCAGACCACGGGGUACCGGAGCACCCCACUCCAUUCCUCGCCUUCCUGAGACGGGUGAAAGCUUGCAAUCCUCCAGAUGCGGGGCCCAUGGUGGUGCACUGCAGUGCUGGGGUCGGCCGCACAGGCUGCUUCAUUGUGAUCGAUGCCAUGCUGGAACGUAUCAAGCAUGAGAAGACCGUGGACAUCUACGGACAUGUAACGCUCAUGCGUGCCCAGCGCAACUACAUGGUGCAGACAGAAGACCAGUACGUCUUCAUACACGACGCGCUCCAGGAGGCCGUCAACUGUGGCACAACCGAAGUGCCCGCUAGAAACCUGUACGCCUACAUCCAGAAACUGACCCAGAUAGAGGGUGGAGAGAAUGUCACUGGCAUGGAACUCGAGUUUAAGCGUUUAGCCAACACUAAAGCUCACACGUCACGAUUCAUCAGUGCCAAUCUCCCGUGCAACAAGUUUAAAAACCGCCUUGUUAACAUAAUGCCAUACGAGUCCACACGGGUCAGUCUUCAGCCCAUCAGAGGGGUGGAAGGCUCAGACUACAUUAAUGCAAGCUUUAUCGAUGGGUACAGGCAACAGAAAGCUUAUAUUGCAACACAGGGGCCAUUGGCAGAGACAACAGAAGAUUUCUGGAGAAUGCUGUGGGAGCACAACUCUACCAUUGUAGUAAUGCUGACCAAGCUCAGAGAAAUGGGCAGGGAAAAAUGUCACCAGUACUGGCCAGCAGAGAGGUCAGCCAGAUACCAGUACUUUGUGGUGGACCCCAUGGCUGAGUAUAACAUGCCCCAGUAUAUCCUGAGAGAGUUCAAAGUGACUGAUGCCAGGGAUGGACAGUCACGAACAGUAAGGCAGUUUCAGUUCACUGACUGGCCAGAACAAGGAGUGCCAAAAUCAGGAGAGGGUUUCAUCGAUUUCAUCGGCCAAGUACAUAAAACAAAAGAGCAGUUCGGCCAAGAUGGUCCUAUCUCAGUCCACUGUAGCGCCGGAGUUGGUAGAACCGGAGUUUUCAUUACCCUCAGCAUUGUCUUGGAACGGAUGAGAUACGAGGGUGUAGUAGACAUCUUUCAGACGGUGAAAAUGCUACGGACACAAAGACCAGCCAUGGUACAAACUGAGGAUCAAUACCAAUUCUGCUACAGAGCCGGGUUGGAGUAUUUGGGAAGCUUUGAUCACUAUGCAACGUAAAACACCCAGUAUUGGAGGACAAAAGUGGAGGGCCCUUUGGGAGGAAGAAGAACCCAAGUGAGCCUCUCUUCUGAGCCAUAAAUUCCUGCUUGAGAAAGUACUCCUUAACUUCUUGCUAACAGUUCAUUUAAGUGUUGGAUGUGAGACAUGACUUGUCAAAAAAAUAAGAAAAAGAUGAUUCCCGGAGGACCAAGUAAUUCAACCCAACAAACCCAAAUAAAAAAAACCUUGCCUUGAAACAGAAGCGUGAUUGGGGAAUCCUGACUGUUUUAGCAUCAUAAGGAUUACCUCUUCUUUUUGUGCUUCAAGGAUUCAUUUUGGAGCUCAUAAAAACCGAAUGAACCCAACAUGAGAAAAAAGUGACAAAACAGUAAUGACGUCAUGAGAAAGGCAUCAGUGAAUACAACCCAUAGCGAGAGACAACGGAGGCACACCAAAAUAAGGGAGGAGGCAACUCAAUGCACAUUGUACAAAAGGAGGGAAAAAAUUAAGAAAAAACAUCAAAUCUGUUUGACGAUUCAGUCCACACAUCACAUCAAGAAGACGAUGCUUGGUCCACAGGAGCAGGACAGACUUCAAGUAAUAAUAAAUAAACAAAUAAAUCCCCCCUUUAUCCUGUUGCAAUGUAAUUCGUUUCAGUUUGGGGUAGAGGGUAAAGUUGAAAUACAAAAGUAUUGAUUUAGUUUUUUAAUUUUAAGUUGAUGUGCUUUUAUGGAUUUUUUUUUUUUCUUUAAAAGAGAAAAAAAUGUUAGAUUUUUUUUUUUUUUAAGCUGUAGAACUGUUCUAAUGUAUGUGCUGUUUUUACAGAGAAUCCACUUGCUCAUAUUCAUGCACUUCAAAGUUCACCAUCCACAAUGAAACUUCUCAAGAGUUUUUGUUUAAUUUUUUUGUAGAAUUUUUCAUAUUUUUAUUUUAGUCGUCUACCAUCACUUACAUGGUAACCUGAUUACUUCCAUUAGAUUAAUGGGCAUAUAUCAUCAUUUCUUACAAUUCUACUCUUUCAUUUGUGUUUAGGGUUGAAGCUUAAGAUAGUUAAAUUAAAAACUUUUCUUAAUCAUUGGAAAAUAAGAUGGAAAAAAACAUUGUACAAUACCAAACAAUAAAUACAAGUCACGUUUGGAACUCUGGCAUAAAGUACCUUUAACAAAGUACAAAUGUAGGAAAUACAAAAUUUUAAAUAUGAAAUCUCUAUUCUGAGAGCUGUUGCUUGGAACCUAAACAAUCUGGUACCCAACCCAGAGAUUUGAAAGCUUUCCAUGGUGAUAAACAGUGGUGAAUUAGAGGCAGCACCAGAAAAGUGGGCCCCCUCUGAAAAAACAAACAAAAAACUAAAGAUAUGGCAUUAGCAAUCACAUUUCUACAAGCAGCUAUAAAACAGCAUUUUUUAUACAAUCUAGCAGCACAGAGUUGGGCUCACUUUUAUUACUUAAUCCUAAUUACAGUACUUUGUUCAGACAUCAUUCUGAGAACACAGAAAACAUGCUACUGAAGAGCAUCUGUUUUUUUCCUCAACAUCUUUGUAUAUUAUUUAACUUCCUGUCAAUCAGACCUGUCCGUCUUUCAGCAGCUAAAGUCAUACAAUCUGGCUCAGACGUAAAGAAAUUUAGAUUUAUUUUAGCUAAAGAUGCUGAAAGAUAAUUUGGAGAGAGUACUUUUAUUUUAUUCAACAUUAUUAUACACCUUGAAAGUAAAAAAACAAAGAUCAAAAGCAAAAUAUCUUACCUGAUCAAUCUUAAAGUCCUGAAUAAUAGCUGUGGUGACCACAGAGGUCUGGCUGUUGAUUCCCUUCUAUCAAUUGUAGUGGUAGCAUGAACUUACAAAUGCAUGUCAUCAUCCAUAUAUGGUAGUGCCUUUCUUUUUUUUAGUGGGUGUGAUUCAAAAGGUUCCUUUGUUUCAGACGAGUGUAUUUUUAGAUUCUUAAGAGGGAUGAUUGUUUUCUUUUUUGAAAAAUUUCAGUUUUUCUUUUUUUUUACUCUAGUAAAUGAUGAUAUAUGCCCUUUAACCAGGGCCUCGUGGAAUCAACAGGGGUGAGCAAAGUAUGAAGUUGCUGCUACAGAUUAUCUUAGUUCUUCCAUGUUACAAUGAGAAGAGAAAACUUGAUGAAUUGGGUAUAGAUAUAUAACUACAUACUGUCAAAUAUGUGAAAUAUGUAUAUCAAAGUAUAGAUAUAACAUUAUAUAUAAAGCAUAAAGUUUAAAAGUCUAUAAAGUAUAGUUUGUGUUGGAAAGCUUUUGAGCGGGGAGUUGUGUGCCAUGGGGAAAACUGAGAUUUUUCACUGGAAUGCACAUCAGUAACAUUAAAACUGUAUUCUGAUUCAGUGCAUCUUUUCUUGUGCAAUAAACGUGUUUUUAAAUUUAGAUGAUUUUUUUUUCCUUUCAGUAUGUGGAGAUGUCAUUAACUCAUGGCUUUAUUGCCCUGCCAAACCCCCCCCCCACAGCCAGCGGAUAGUUAGUGUUGGAGUGUAUGUUUAACUGUCAGUAUGUGAUUAGAGGCAAUCACACUUUCAUUGCCAAAACAAAGAGAAGGUAUACAGUUACUGCAUUUGUGAUAUAUAUACACAUAAUAAAAAAAUAUAUUUUUUUUCUUUUUACAUCUAGAGUGCCUUAUAUUUAUGCCUGUUUUUAUGUUUUGAUUUACCACUCAUGUAUCCUUUGAUUAACCUAGGCAUUUAGUGGAGAUUGAAAUGUAAAUUUCUUUACCGUUAGUUUUCAUUUGUCACAUAAUGAACACACAUAUAUAAAAUAUUUAAGGGUCAUAGUUUUCCUUUCGGCUAAAGAAAUUUGAACUUUAAAAGUUUGAAUGGUAACAAGCAGCUAAAAUUAACUCUGUCUUUAUAUAUAUUUAUACAUAUAUAUACAUAUACACGCGCAGCUGGGGGAAGCAACAUGUUUCAUUUGCAAACAUGACAACAUUUGAGAAAGAAGGGUUUAUCUUCAAGCCCUACAAAAAAAAUUUAGUAUUUGUUUUUUGUUUUUUUCUGUCGUUUGUCUUCAUACAUUAAACCUCAAAUAGCAGAUUUAGAGACAAAAUGUCCCUUCUGUUGACCUGACAAUCUUUAUCAGUGUGCUAUUUUCUUUGACUGCUAAAGUUAAAGAAAAGGUUCUUAAGCUUGUUUAAACAGCAUUCCUAUUUCCUCUUUAAUGCUCUUGUGGGAUGGCAGAUUUACCACCAAAUCGUCAAAAGCGGAAAGAACUAGCUCUAUCACUGGGUAGCUGGUGCUAUGGAGUCCAGUUCCUUUUAGGUCUAGAAGAAAAAAAUAGUUUUGUCUUCUUGUUUUUCUUUGACCUGGGAGAGAAGUUACCAAAUCUGUCUAAGGCAAAACUAACAAAACACUGAGCUUAAAAUAAAACAAAAGUUGGUGAGCUUAUUGUCUCUCACCUUUUCUUUUUUCAAUGCCACCAGUCACAUGGUGAAUGUAGGGUAAAAUACAACAGAUAAUUACUUUCAGCUGAAUUUAUGAAGACUUUAAUCAUUUUUGUAGUCAGCUCAAGUUCCUACAUAUUAUUUCAAAAUUAAUUCUUAAACUCCAGUCUCUGUUCAUUUUGCCCGCUAGCAACAACUUUUUGCAGAAAACUGAAAAAAACCCAUCUGCUUUGGAUUGUUUGGUGGGAUAUGAAAAUUUCCACUCACCUCUGGGAUAUUUCAUACUCGCUUCAACUGCUAGUAAUAUAGAAGAAUUCCCCUAUAACCUCUUCAUAGGUUCCUUUAUAGAAAAGUGGAUUUAUGAUCUAGAAAAAAAAAAGUGAGGUUAUGACAUUGAAUGCAGCUUGCUCAAAAUUAUUACAAAAUGAAUCAGGGCUAUUUUCUAAUCAAAGAUUUGACAGCAGAGAAAAGGGCAAUGGAACCGCAGUCAUGGAAAAAGGGAUGCAAUUUAACCACUUUAGCCAUUGUUUCCCAAAGUAAAGUUAUGCCUUGAAUUUUAAAUUAUUUAAUUCCAUUACUCAUAAAAAGAACGAAUAAGAUUUAAAAAUAAGUAAAAAUAAAAGCAUAAUUAACAAAAAUAUUCACAUGCUAUUGCUAAAAGCAGUGGGAUUUCUUUAGCAUUAAACAAUGCCACCUCCUUCCUCCAUGAGUUUUAAAAUUUCAGCCAAUGAGAACAUACUAGUGUAGCCAUUAAAGGGCGGUC